UAUUUUUAGGGGAAAACAAACUAAAUAUAUAUAUAGUAGCAAGAGAAUGGAAGAUAUGUUGUUAAUAAAUAUGUCGCUAAGUCAUGAUUUUUUAUUUUAUUACAUUUUAACAGUUUGAAUAUACAUAAAUAGGGGACCCCAUAAAUACAGUACCAGUACUAUUUUGAACUAGGUUUACAAAAAUUACACCAUACUGUACUUAUAACUAUUUCUUUAGACUUUUGUUCAAAACCAACUAAUUUUUUAAACGGUCGAAAACCGUAAGACAUAAAAAAAAUAUUUUUUCUAUUUUUUUCCAACCGCCUUGAUUCAUGCUGUUUUGCUGAAUAAGAACAUCUAGUUCUAAAUGACCUGUCACAGAUAAAAUAUACAUUAAAUUUUAGUAAUUUUUAGUGUUUGGUAGAAAGAAAGUUAAACAAUUAAGCGGGUCUUGUAAGGACUGACUCUGACAAAAUAUCAUGAAAAUUAAGUAAGUAGCGACCACAUUAAUAUUGCUAAAACUUGAAAGGAGAAACAUUACUUUUUGUAAUUUGAUUACCCAACUAUACCUAUCAGACAAAGUCCCCAAUAAAGAUAAGAAGCGACAACUAUAAUCCGUAGAGGAAAAAGAUACACACAGUUGUAUACAACCAGCAAAAAUAAUUAAUACUUAAUCACCACUUAAUCCAUAAACUAACACAACUAUAUAUAUUCCACAUAAUUAUAAAACCAAGCCCAUUUCUACGAACUUCCCUCUUUGACUCUGUCUUUCUCUCAUUCUUCUACUUUGGUUACAAUAAUGGGAAACACAUCUUCAUGCGCACCAUUGAUCAUAUCAUCACAUUCAUCAUCAGGAGUAGUCAAAAUCUUAUCUCCUUUCACCGGAACGCUCGAGGUCUUCUCUAAACCCAUCAAGACUUCCGAUAUCGUCUCUCAGAACUCCACUCACUUUAUCACCGACUCAACUUUGCUCCAAAUAGGACACCGAGUCACCGCCGUAUCUCCCGACGAGUUUUUGCGGCCUAGACGACAUCUUUACCUCCUCCUUCCGACAGACAUGCUAUUCUCUGUCUUAACACAAGAAGAGCUCGAUCUCAUCUCGGAAAAAUCAGCAGAGAUACUCAACGAAAGUCGGUAUAACCAUCUGAAGAGAAUGUUCCCUGUUUGUAUGUUUCCAGUGUCCGGAGAUAGAAGAAGAAACUCAACGUCCGUUGAUGAUGACGAUGAUCAUCAUCAUGAUCUUGCAGGUGUGGAAAUAAGAGAAACCCAAGAAGAAAAAAUUCUAUACGAAUCUAAAUAUGGAUCUUGGAGGCCUGGACUGGAGACGAUCGUGGAGAGCUAAAUGAAUAAAAUCUUGAGGAUUGUUAAAUACUUUUAUAUAUUACCAGUCGUAGACGAUUAUUUUUGGUUCUUUAUA